AUGGAGAAGUUCAGAAUGACUCCGGAUGAAGAAGCAUUCCGUACCCUUCUAAAUGCUCUGUGUAGAUAUGGCAAUGUUGAAGAGGCUGAAGAGAUAAUGCUCAAAAAAAAGAAGCUCGUCGCUCUGGAGACUGAUGGCUUUAACAUCAUUCUGAAUGGCUGGUGUAAUAUUUUGGUCGAUGUAGUUGAAGCAAAGAGAGUUUGGAGAGAAAUGACAAAAUACUGCAUUAUGCCAAAUGGUACUUCUUAUACUCACAUGAUUUCCUGUUUCUCAAAAGAUGGGAAUCUCUUUGACUCACUGCGGCUCUAUAAUGAAAUGAAAAAAAGAAGUUGGGAUCCAGGCAUUGAGGUAUACAAGUCUUUGGUUUAUGUCCUAACUCGUUCAAAUUGCUUAAAUGAAGCACAGAACAUCCUGAAGAAAAUGAAAGAAACAGGGUUGCAGCCAGAUUCUGCCACUUACAACUCAAUGAUACGUCCUCUUUGUGAAGCAGAAAAGCUUGAAGAAGCAAGAAAUAUAUUGUCCACCAUGAAAGAAGAGAAUCUUAACCCAACCAUUGAAACCUACCAUGCAUUUCUUCAUGUUGGUGAUUUUGAAGGAGCUUUGGAAGUUUUUAACUGUAUGAAGGUUUCCAGUUUAGGUCCUACUGGUGAUACCUUUCUUUUAGUUCUUGGUAAGUUUUUCAAAAUGGAGCAACCUGAGCAAGCAUUGAAGAUUUGGGCGGAAAUGAAGCAUUAUGAACAAUCAGAGGAGUAUGCAUAA